AUGGAGCUUUUGACAGUGACCUUGAGCCCUCUGGAAUCCACACUCUAUACCAGAAAUGAAUCCCUGAUCCAAACAACCUGGUCAUCAGAGCAAGCAACCCAGCACCCCCCACCAGAAUUAAAAGAAUACUCUAGUUAUCUCUACUUUUCUCUGCUCGUUUGCAUAGUGGGCGUGACCGGGAAUGGAAUUAUGAUGUUGUUUCUCAUCUUCUACAUUAAGAGGAAGCCAUUCACGGUCUACAUUCUAAACCUCGCCAUUGCUGACUUCAUGGUCCUCCUCUGUACAUUAGUCUUCCACCUGAACAGCAUACUAUGUAACCACCACCUCUACAGUGAAGAUUUAAUUAACUACAUCUACUUCCUAAUGAUUUUUGGCUACAACACAGGUUUACACCUCCUCACUGCCAUCAGUGUGGAGAGGUGCCUCUCCGUGCUUUACCCAAUCUGGUACCAGUGCCAACGCCCAAAGCACCAAUCUGUUGUAGCCUGCACCCUGCUGUGGGCACUUUCUGUUCUUGUGACUGGGUUAGAAAACUCAUUCUGCUUGCUGGCAGAUGAGCCUAGAAUCACAGAAUGUCGAAACGUGUACAUAUUUUCAUGUACUUUGACCUUCUUUGUCUUCGUUCCUUCCAUGGUCUUCUCCAGUUUGAUUCUCCUCAUCCAAGUCUGCUGCAACCUGAAGUCACGUCAACCAGCCAAGCUCUACAUAAUCAUCAUGGCCACUGUGAUCUUGUUUCUGGUCUUUGCCAUGCCUAUGAAGGUUCUGUGUUUCAUAACCUUUUAUGAUGCCACCAACAGCUCGGUGUGGAGAUUCUUGCCUUAUAUGAACUUGCUGUCCACUAUCAAUUGCAGUGUUAACCCCAUUGUCUAUUUUGUGGUAGGUAGUCUCAGGAAAAAUAAAAGUAGACGGUCCCUAAAAGAAGCACUGCAAAAGGUCUUUGAAGAAAAACCAGUGCCAGUCCCAGGAGACAGAGGCUGCUCUGAGAGGCAGCUGCCCCGAGAACAUGGAGUCCUGAGACUGGGGAGACGCCGGACCAAGCUCCCAGAUGGGCUCCUGAGCCCCAAGAAAAGCCAGAAGCCGCCCAAGCACAACUCCUACAGCCGCUCAGUCGGCACUCUGCUGGCGUGCAUGCAUUGGGAGCCGACUGGAUGA